GUGACAGUGAAUCUACCGCUUUUUCAGCAACCGAGUUCCGUAAAUAUCAUUUUUUCAGGAACCAACCAAACAUUUCAUAUUUACGGAACGGAACGGAUUCGUGCGCGAUGCGCACAUAACCUCAUAUUUUCAUAUGUUUCGCCGCAUGCUUUUUUGUUGAUCAUCAUCCAGGUUGGACUGGUUGGAUUGGAGCACUUCGAAAUAUUUCCACACUUCUCUGAUCUAUAGCUUGAGAAUGGAUGCUAACUUGGGAAAAGAUGAAUCUGCGGCAGUUGAACCCAACUCUGAAACUAAUAUGGGAUUAAUGGACAUUGAUAAUCCUAACAAUUCUGAUCAAACUCAGACUGCACCUGAAAGUAAUAUUCAAGAUGUAGCAAUAUUAUCUAAUGUGCUGGAAUAUGUACCAACUGAUUCAAAAGAAGUUAAACAGUCCCAGAGAGAAUCAAAGGUGGAGGUUACAAAAAAAACAUCAGCCUUAAUGAAUAUCAUGGAAUACAAUGAUGAUGAUGAUGACUGGACUGAUACUUCGUCUGAUCCAGAAUCUGAAGAAGUUGAAGAAAUAUUUGUUAGUCCCCAAAUUACCAGAAAGACCACUAGUAGUGAAUCUAGUGAUACUGAUAGUGAAUCUGAUUUAACAGAAUAUGAGAAAUCACAAUCUGUGGAUUCUGAUGUAGAAUUAGUGUCCAUCACUAAGUCAAAUAAUAAUAAUAAUAAUCAGUUGAUGAAAAAAUUAGAUCAUCUAAACACAUAUGGAGAAACACUUCCUCCAGUAGCUGAUUUAUCAAAUUUGGUAAUAGAUGACAAAGAUGAUUUCCUCCACAUAGGCAAUGUCCAUUCUAUAGUUGAUACUGUGGUAACAAUAUCAUCAGCUCCAGAUUCCCCAGCUUAUGACCUGGAGACAGUCCUUUUCAUUGAGAAAGAUUCAACCAAAAUACCACUGGGAGAAAUAUAUGAUGUCAUUGGGCCUGUCAGUUCACCAUUUUAUUGUGUCAGACUUGACUCAGAGAGUGACAUUAAAGAGAAAGGGAUUGAGAGUAGAAUUACAAAGGUUUUCUCAAUACCUAGAAGCUCUCGGACUCAUUAUAUUUUUGUAAAACAGCUAAUGGAAGUCAAAUACACCGAUGCGUCUGGUGAAGAUGACGUAGAGGUUGUGGCUGAAGAUACAUCAGACGAGGAGUACAACAAAGAACCACAGCAGGAACAACUAGGUCAGAAUAGAAGACGAAAGAGAGCUCAACAUCAACACCAAUUGCCAGCACCAAUUAAUGGUGGUUGUAGAAAUGUUCAGGGACAGUUCAGGAACGGUUCUUCUUCUUUCCCAUCGCCGAGCAUGUUUGAUUGUAGCAUGAGACCACCGAGGCCAAAACAUGACAACCUGAUGGGACAGCAAAGGUCUUUGCCUUCAUUCCGGACAUCAUUCAAUCAACAUGUGAGGCCUCCUGGCUUUGAUAAUCACCCAGGUAUGAGAGGACUACCGCCACCCCCUCCUCCGCCAUUUUGGAAUACGGGUCAAAUUAGGCCGUGGAAUGAUUUCCGGGAGCGUCCCCCUCCACCAGGAUAUCGCCCAUUUCGCGGUGAAGUGCAUGGACCUAGAUAUCCUAGGAGUCCUAGAGUGGGCUACCCUAUGAACCACCGACCCAUGGGUCCCCCUCCCAUGGGACCGCCUCCUAUGGGACCGCCUCCUAUGGGACAGCCUCCUAUGGGCCCUCCUCCUCCUAUGGGUCCACCUCCUACGAUCCCUCAUUAUAUGGGCCCACCUCACAUGGGGCGUCCUUACAUGGGCCCCCGACGUUCGUAAAGGUUAAAGUGGUUGUUAUUGUUACCAGUUUUGUUGGUGCUACUUGUCCAAUAUUUAUUACUUUGGUAAGAACGCAUGGGAGGCAUUUGUUUUUGUUUCUUACAGGACUCAUUUGCAUUUUGAAUUUGAAAAUAUGACUACAAUGGAAAAAAUAGGAGAGUGAAAUCGUUAAUCAUCAUGGCAAUUGAUUUGAAAACAUCACUUAUUAGGAGUUUUUAUAAUAUAUAUCUAUAUAAUUCGAAUUUUCUUAAGAGAAAAACAUAAGGGUAUUUUUAAUUGACAGUUCUUCGUCCUGUACUGUCAAUAUAGAGUGCGAUCUCAAAUUAUAUGGAAAAAAAAAUCGCUGGUUUUCCAAAUCCUACAUUAUUAACACCUGUCGAAAUAUUCUUUUUCCAAAUUCUUAAUGAUAUUCUGGUGAUUUUGCAAUGAAAAAUAAUCAUAGAGAUGCCUUCAUAUCUUCCACCUGUUAAUAUGGAAGGAUCCUCAUAUAAUUAACAAUUGAGGAAACCAGUGUGUUAGCGUUUUUGUUUUCAAUACUAUUUAUCUGAUUUUUUUUUAAUCAUUAAGUUAUAGACCAAAAUGUAGAAGUGAAAUUUGAUGUCAUUAUUUCACUAUGAUUUAAAAAAUGAUCACAUUUUAUGAACUUUUGAAUAAUUAUAACUAUUGCAUGGUUUAAUUCAUUCAUUAUUUUCAUUCAUUCUUUUUAUAUUAAUGAGGUGCAUAUUAUCAGAUUAAUCCUGUUAUUCCUUGAUUGAUCUUGAAGCCCUUCUAGAUGAAUAGAAAUUCUUAGGACUAUUGAAAAUUAUAUUUGAAAUUGAUUGAUUGGAAAUUUAUUAAUUAUUAUUAAUUUAUUAAUUAUCUAAAACUGCACAAAAUAUUGAUGGUAUAUAACCUCUUACAUUAUUUAGGAUUAUCUUGGCCCUUGAACAACACAUCCCUUAUUCUGGUUAAACCAAGAAUAAUAGAGCUUUGUAUGAUGGACAUUUCUCCAGGAAAUUAUUGCUUUUAUAGUGAGGUUCCAGAAUUAGACUGGAGGCAGAUUCAUGCACCUUAACUGAGCUGUUUAUUUAUUUCAGUAGAACAAUUUUUUUGCACCCAAAUUGACACUUUCAUCGUCGUUUCUUCAAAAGAUCAACUAUUAAUAGAUAAUAUAAAUUAUGAAAGAUGGAUGCAAUCUCCCUAGUAAUAGAGUUUUUUCUUAAGUAGGUUUAGAGUUAAUCAGACUCGUUCCUGAUAACCAAACUCAUCUGUCUGUAAAUUUUUUUAUUUAACAUGUUUGCUAAUGUUGAACUAAUUUUUAUGCAUACGAAUUUUCCAUUAUCUAUAUGGAAUCUAUAAAAAUAAUAUAAUACAUUAUUCAGCAAGGAUCCUGAGGAACUUGUGCUGAAGUUGACUCAUAUUCAUGAAACUGAAUUAGUAAUUUCAGAAUGAUGAGGUUAUUGACAAAUUUUGUACGGAAAUCGUGUACAUGAAAACUGUGCGAUCCACGCCAUCUACUCUAAUUUUAUUUGGGACAGGCUGUUGUUCAAAUGUCACUGGUACUCUCGUCAGAUGUGGGUUUUCAUGUAGCAAGAACCAUUCUGUCUGUUAAUGUUAAUUCCCCUUUUUUGUUUAGAUAUUUUAUAUUUCGUUUUGAAGAAAAUAUAUAGGUUUAAUUUAUCUGACAUGCAUCAUGUCAAUGACUGAAAAUGACUGUGAUCAGUUGGGACUAUAGUAGAUGGAAGCUAUGCUUGAUAAAUAAAAAGUAAUGUUGUGAAUAUAAAAAAUAUUAAAUGGACUCACAUUUCUUUGAUUUAUCCCUUCAUUGUUUCAUUAUCUGACAAUUCACCACCAACAAUUUUCCCGAAAUAGCAUUAUCUCUGACAAUAGAAUACUUACUACUUCAUAUUAUGUGUGAAUAAGUAAUACCUUCUUGAAAUACAUGAAUAUCAAUUCAAACUUGAUAAUGGUUCUAAUAGUUCUCCAUUUAUUAGUGGAAAUUGAGUUCAGUCAAUAACUUUUGGGAAUAGGCUAUUUUUUUUGUAUUUCUAAAAUAGAAUCAUCACUCAAAUACCUUUCAAUUUAAUAUUUUUCGGUCGAUAUUGAGGUUUUAAAAUUUACCGCGAGUAAAAACUGACGUCACGAUUUCGUAAUUAGGGGCAGGCACAGUUGCCAUAUGUUGAAAUACGAAUGGGAACUUCAGAAAUAAUACUUAUUCAAUAUACAUAAAUUCCCAAUUACACAUUGGUAAUAUUCCUACUUAGCAAUAAAAAAUCAAUUGUCUCGAAAUGUUCCCUCAUUUGUUGUGGUUUAUUGCUUCAAAUACAUUUGUGUAAAUAAUAAUUAUAUUAAUUCACACUAGAGGAUAUUCGAACUGGAAAACGUGACAACACGGAACACAAAUUGUCGGCGGUGUCUUGUCGAUUCUCAGCAUUCAGCACAAUGCUGCCAAGUCUCCAACAUUUACAUGAUAUUUUGUUAUUCUGUAUAAAAAAUAUUUGGAUAUGCUGAUUGCUCGAAAAAGUCAUGCAAGAAUGAACUAUCAUAUCAUGGCUUCCUCUUUCAUGUUUUAUUCAAUGACAGGACACAUCUUUUUGAUAACUUAAUCAUAAUUGGGGACUUGACAACCUUAGGAAUUGAAAAUUAUCUAACCAAUAACGAAACAGCAUUAAAACUGACGUCACCAUUUAUUCGACGUAUCGCCAAAUGGUGGCAAGACGAUACGUUUGAAAUAGCUCUGAAAUUCAACAAUUUUGAACAACGCAUAGACUCAUUAUUUACAUAAAAAAGCGUGAGAAGUGUUACAAAAAUUAAUUUAGGUCCCUCACGACACAGUGGAGUAAUUGAAUGCCAAUAAUUCAUUAUCAGUCCACUCGCCCAUUUAAAAAAUGAAAUAUGGCUUCUGAGGAUAUUCCAUAUCUGGAAGAAACACUUUGAUCACUUCGACUUAGAACAAGUUAUCCACGAAUUUCAUAGCUAAUCAAGCAUCAAAAUGUAAUUAUAUUCUACUCAAUCACCUUGAUGUGUUGAAAUGAAAAUAAAAUUCACAUGUCAAACAGAAAACAUAGAAACAGCCGAAACAGGUCACUUUGUGAUAUAUGUUGAAUAUGAAAUGUCUAGAUCACUUUCGGCUACACAAGAAAAUUGAUUUAUGUGAAAAAAGAGCCAUAUCAACUAUUGAGAAACUAUGAAUAUCAAAAUUUCAUCUCAAUGAAUACAGAAAUUACAGGCUGUCUCAACCAGUAUUAUUUCGUUUUUCUUUCAAAUAUAGUUCGGGGUGAGCGUAUAAUUAAAUUGCAAAGUAAAUGUCAAAAAUACUGUAUUACAUAUUACUCUAAAAAAUCAGUAUACUCCUUUACACCACAAUAACAGUAUAAAAUAAUAAAUAUCAUUACAACAUAAUUAUAUCAAUCGAAGAUACUUACAAUCUAGAACAAACUGUUAUAAAAUAAUGAUUUCAUCAAGUCAGUUCAAUUCAUUUGUCAAUAAUUAUAGCACCAAUCUAGGUGGUAUAUAGUAAAUAAAUCCUAUGUUGCAGUCAUUUAAACAUGUGACGAGUCUCAGAUAAUUUUAUGAAUAUACCAUUAAUCAUUUCUAUCAUUAUGCUGAAAUAACAGGGUGGUCCAAAUUUUUAUACAUUGGCAAAAUGAAGGUACCUACUUUUCUCAUUAAACAUACCUCCAUAAAUGCAACUUAUCACAAAGAACAUUUAAGUAAUGUGUAAACCCGCGUCUGCUUCACAAGUCAAAAAUCGUUACAAUGAAUAAUACAUAGGCGCCGGAUAUAUCUAUUUUCUAGAAAUAAGUAGCACGCCUCUAAACAUUUCUGAGGAAAUCAGUGAUCCUCAAACACUUUCGAAUUCUGAAGAAAGCUCACUUGUGAAAUGUUGAAAAACAAGUCGUUUGAGACUUACUAUGAAGGAUGUAUGAUGUAUCAGUGAACGAAUUCAAAAUUAAAUUUUUAUAUUUGAUAGGUGCUAAAGGCAGUUGGCCGAAAUAUUUCACUUUUCACAUUUUAAAUCAAUCUUUCACGUACUGCAUUCAGUUAUGAGGAAGAGUUAUUUUGUUCCUCACAAAAUGCUUACACAAAAAUCCAAACCACCCUGUAUUUAUUAGCAAUUUGUGAAUUUCUUUUUCGAAUUCUGCGCUUUAUGAUUCCCUAUUACUUGCUAGCAAUAUUUUAAAUCAUCAAAGGACGAAUGAUAAACCUGUACAGCUAGUCCAAAUAUCUCAGAAAACUUACAGAAAUGCGAUUUGCAUUGAAAAAAUAUUCCAUAAAAACAUUUGUACAAUUUGAUGGAAUGCAUCGCCAAAUCCAAAUCGUCCAACUAACAAGAAGUUGAAUGUUUAAUCAACCUUAUUACACUGUAUUAUGAAUAUUGAAAUACUGGGUGUGAUGAUUUGAUGUUAGUGGUUAAAUAAAUUCCUCAAUUUUAUACAGGUUGUCCCAGAAUAACGUUCGAUUACUCCGGGGUGUGCGAAAAUGCUUCCUAAGGGCACUACAGUACAUAUUAAAUAAAAAUAAAAAUGUUUCUACCAAAAUGUGUCCGAAAAUUCUUCCUCAGGGCACAAUAGUUCUUUGAACAGCUCUUUAAUGUAGUUUUUUCAAUUAUCUUUGUCCCUAUUGAUAUUAGAAUCACGAAUUUUGGUACCUAGGAGUAAAUAUGAUUUAAUAUACAAGGAGAUACGAAACUCGCAACCAAUGCUAUAAUACCCCAAGUUUGUUGUUUCAUGAUUCAUCCUAUUUUUAGUACCACAAUAUAAUUCUUCAAAUAUUUUUCAUUAGAAAGGCACUCUUGUUAGCAUGCUGCAAAACGAACCGUUUUCGAGAAAAAUGUAAUUUUUCAUUUUGAUGGUCGAAAAAAAUAUCUACAUCACGUUCAAAUCUAAUGAAACAAAACUACAAGAAAAUGCAACAUUUAGAGCGUCAGGUUUCACUUUUUCUAUCAUAAGAACAAACGCCCAUUGCGAAUUUUUUCAAACAUCAAAAUGAAAAAUUACACUUCUCAAAAACGGUUUAACGGCCUUCUAACAAGAGUAUCUUUCAUUAAAGGUUUUAAGGAAUCCUAUUCUAGUAUAAUAAAAAUGAGAUGAAUCGGGAAAAAAUUGGGACAUAUUUAGAGCAUCGGUUACAUUUUCCUAUUUUCAUCUGUAGAAUUACCGCCUGGAACGUUAUUCUGGGACACCGGUAUAUUGAAAAUUAAAUGAAGUUGAAAGUGGUCAUUAUAUCUACACUAUCAUUAAUUAACUCAUCAGUAUUUUCCAGAUCGUUCAGGAGACUACAAUCAAUUUCACGAAAUGUUUCAUUCACAUGAUCUGAACUUUGGAAAAUUGGACAUUUAUCGACAUGCUACGUUGAAUCAGCAUAUUUAAUUUAUACACU